GGGUUCCGGGACUAACACUCCGAUUCUGCCGGAACCGUCCGAAUUUUUAAAUUUCGAUUCCAAGUUUCGAUGCAACAUUUGCAGGUGGCUGCAUGAGUGAUAUGAUUAAACACCUCCGUCUUCAUGAAAUACAAGUGCUGCGUUUGACACGCAGCGCCAGUCCUCUAACCAGUCAGAACCAGGUAAGUAAAACAAUUAUGUCGUCUUCUGCUGCAACCCGAAUGUAGCUAUAUAAGCAGCUACGUAUUUUACGUAGCGCAUUGCCGACUCCGUAAAAAUCAACAGUAUUAAAAGCAUCUUUUGUUUUAGAAUCAGUUUUACAAAUAAGGAAAUCUUCAAUUUGCCUCAUCUACAUCAAAUUGUAAUCAAUAGAAUUUAUACUAAUGCUUUGUCGUAGCUCCCAGCUAAGGUACAUGUAUGUAAAGUGCAUAGGGGCUCACAGCUACCUUACUCCUACGUAAUAUUUGCAACUUUUUCUUGUAGCAAUAGUAAGACUAAUCUCGUAGUCCUUUUUCAAAAAUUUAUCAAUUGGUCCCUAAUACUCCGUCGUAUCAACAUGCAUCGUUUUUUUUUUUUUCCCCCCACGUACUUCACUACAGUGAUACGUGACAUUUAUCUACUCUGCUGUGAGCACUACCCACCAGCUGUUAUGCGUUCAAGCUUCAUCUACACCCAGUGAACGUUUGUUCUCCACUGCAGGAGACACUAUCUGUCCAGAACCCGCACGCUUAAGACUGAAAUUGGCUUCUUUCCCACACGGAACAUCUGCUGGAUCCUCGGAUGCAGACAAUGAACGUUCACGGCAUACGACAGACAAUGUUUCCAGGCAAAAGUUCCCUCUGCUCUGUGGGAAUGAUCGGAACUACAGUCUAAUUGGGGACCUUCUCUGCUUCAUCUUCCUGCGUUUUAUGGUACAUAUCAUCCAAUUGACCUCAAGGUUACCUACUACGUUAUGGUACAACAUGAGGUUUGCUUCAUUUUGGACUGUAAAAACCAUUUUUUAAAAAGAAAAAACAUUUAAUAUCAACGAUAUAGGUGGUACACUGUAAAAUGGACUUUCCAGGUCACUUCCAGCACAUUUUCCAGCAGCUGAACCUCCAGCGGCUUCAUGCUCAAAUGUGUGAUUGUGUGGUGGAAGUAGGAGGGCGCAAAUUCCACGCACACCGCUCCAUCUUGGCAGCAUGUAGCUCCCAUUUUAAGGCUCUUCUCAGCUCCAAUGACGGCGCCGAUAAUGCUGGCGGGAAAAAAGGAGGAAAAGUCGGAGGGUCUGGUGUGAUGGUGCUCGACCCUGAGGUGGUGACCCCAGAGGCCUUCUCCACUUUGCUAGACAUGAUCUACACAUCCACUUUGUCACUCGGGACCUCAAACGUGAUGGAUGUGCUGCUGGCUGCUUCGCACCUCCACCUCAAUUCUGUGGUCAAGGCCUGCAAGCUCCACUUGUCCAGAAUAAACUUCCCCACCACAGCGCCUGAAGGCUGGAGGUCAGUGAAGAAGCAGGGGCCUCUAUUCUCUCAAUCCCAGGCCUCAUUAGAGGAGCUACCUGAUGAGAAUGGCGAAGAGGUGAGCCAAUCGGGAGAAGAUUCCCCUGAGCGCAAGAGAAAGUCACAUGACGGCAGGAUGAAUGAACGGAAAAGGACCUGCAGAGUGUCUGGAGGUAAAGAUAAUUGUUCAACUGUGACCAGAAGCACAAUGAACAUUGAGGAGGCAGGAGAAGUUCUUUCUCAAGAUCACCUAAAGGCGACUGUAAGCAUCUGGAAGGACCAGUUGGAUGAAGUGGAGGAGAAAUACGCCACAACCAUGACAGAGUCUGAGGAGAUCCAGUUGCCUAGCCAGUCGGAUAGUAGCGCAGGCACAGAAACUUUUGUCAAAGAUGAAGAUGGGCCUACAGUGGAAGCAGUGACAAUAAAAAAAGAAAGUACGACAGCCUCCUCUACUAAUCCUUCGCCAUCAUCUUCCCCAAAGGACGCCUCUGAACUAAACGAUGAAAAAAUAAGCAGUUUAGAUGGCAAAGUCCGUUGUUUACAAUCCCAGUUGUGCUCUCAGGUUCCCGAAAAGGAGUAUGGAGAUAUAUGCGAGGAUGAAGGUAGUGACAACAUUUCUUGCUUCCUAAAUCCUGCUCAUGAGAGUGAGGCAAGAGCUGUGCAGGAAGAAGUGAAUCUAGAAAGUCUCACAGCAACCGCCACUGCAGCGGCAGCUGCCAGUCACGCAGCUACAGUUGAUACAGGCCUGUUGUGUAUGGACACAAACAGUUCUUCAGUUCAAGCAUCAGAUUCAACUCUUGUUUUCCCAGUAACUUCACUCCCUUUGCGACAGCUGCUUCCCACUCAGGCUCCUGCUUUAGGUGACACUCUCAUCCUCCAGCCCGCACACAACUCCCUUUCUAUAAUCCGCGGUCAGCAGCCCACAUGGUCCUUGAAGCAACACGCGGGAUCAAACGGAACCACUUUCCGUCGUAUUGCCCCCAAAACGGCAUCGGUAUCCGAAGUAGAUCCCCCAAUGCAAACCGAUCGAGUGCCUUUGACCAAAGCUUCUAAGGACGUGUUAUCAAAGUGCAAGAAAGCUGCAGCUGCAGUUAACGUGCUUCUGGUAGAGGGUGACAAGAAGUACGCCUGCAAAAUCUGUUCCAAGACAUUUGCUAACUUGACAGACUGUCAAAAGCAUAUCCGCGUGCACACGGGAGAAAAGCCCUACACUUGCCUCAACUGUGGCAAACGCUUCAGUCAGUCAUCCCAUUUGUACAAGCACGCAAAGAACUCCAUCUGCUUGACCUGAAAGAGGGUUUCCAAACAUUCUGGAUUGACACCACACCAGUUUUUUGAGACUUAAUACAUUAAUUUUGAAUGAAAUGCCAGUUGGAAGUUUCCUGAAAAUAUGGUGUUUUAAACACUGUGACAAUGAAAAGUGGCCCUACGAAUAAAAUUGCAGUUGGUACAUGAAGCUUUAUUAAAUGUCACUUUUAAUGUCAGUAAAAUGUAUUGUUGGCAGCUAAAAAUUAAAAUUAAGAGUUCAUUCAAUGUCAACCAGUGUGCAUACUUGGAAAUGAUUUCAUUUAGAAAAUGUCAAAUCGUAAUUGAUGUUUAAAUUAGGAAUGUCCUCGAUCCAAUCACAUGAUGAGAAAUUGGGCACAAUCACCACAUGUCCAUAGGAUCAGAAUCAGGUAAAAAAAAAAAAAUACAGGGUUAAUUAUUA